AUGGCAGUUCGGAUCAAGCGUCCACAAGGCGCGCCCGACGUGCUAAGUAUGCCGGGACUUUCAAAAGAGAGAUGCGACUCCAAGAAGAAACGAAGGCUGGAGACGACGGCCUUCGACGACGUCUCUCACGAACUGAGCGAAGACUACAAAAAUGUGCGCAUAGCAAGCUACGCAUACAGCUUCAAAGAAGCGUCGCAAAUGUCAUGGGACUUUACAGGUAAUAGUAUUGUAGAUGAAGUGAACUUGGCUGAAGACAAAAAGGAGGCCCGCAGCCUGCAGGCCGUCGCCCUGAUGCGGGGCACGUGUGCCACAAGCCCGGCGAACCCCUUUGACCUCAAGCGCGGGGCUCUCGCUCACUCACCUACUGCACUUGCAUUCUUACCUUCUGACCUCCUACAGAAGCGAGACGUACAGAAGCCGGACGAUGCAUCGCAACCCGAGCGCGAAAGAAAGCAUGAGUCGGACACAAGGCGCACAGGCAACAGCGCACGGCCAGCGCUUCCCUCUCUGUUGCCGACCGUGGGUUUCGCCUCCCGCACUGGCCCUCGCUUCGUCUAG